AUGUCGCGAGACAAUACCUUUUCGCCCAUGGAGGAUGAGAGUGCGUCGAGAGUUACUUCGCUUCACACCGACCGAGCCUUUGAUGCCGAGACGAGACGCCGCCAGAAUGCAGCACGUCAUCUCGAAGUCCUGAAGAAAGAGCACGAGACCUAUGCGCACUGUCAUGAGAUCCUGGUCGCGGCCGACGUCGACGCCGAAGCCCAACCGGUGCACGUCACUCUGUACGACUGGACUUGCCUCCAGCCCUCCCCAACGUCAUGGCCGACGUCGCCAGAGCCAACAAUGUCAACACCGUCGCCAUCGGCGACCUUUCUCGUCAAAGACCCAGGGUCGGUACUGGCGGCCGUGAAGGGCUACCUAGACUUGGGCACCAUUCGUCUGCCGGUCACCGCGACGUCUAUCGCCGACCUCUUAGUCGACGAGGCACAAGACCAUGACUACGACUUCUGCGAUGACGAGGACACCCGCAGAGACUCUGCCGCUGCAUCGUCUGGCAAGACGCCAUCGCUACCGGACCUGCUUCAACGCUUGCGACAGCGUUUGGCUCGCCAAAGGAUGGCAGCAAGAGGGCAGCUGGUGCAGCUCUGGACGUUCCCUGUGCAGACCCUGACCUCUGACGAUCUGUUUGCAGACAGUGCCAAGAAGUAUGUUUGGCACUGGUACAAGCCCUCGAGUCCGUACGUGCAGAAGGGUGCCUGGGAGUCGCAGUUGGAUGCUGUUCUCGAAAACGGGUCGUGGAUGGCUGGGAAGGACUUGACGUUGGUCGUGCGCCGUGUAUCGCAGCAGCUGUGGCAGAGCUUGGAAGACGGCUAUAUGCCAAUGGACCCGUUUUCGUCAGAGAAUGGCAAGGUAUAG